AUGAUGUUCGAGGCGUCCUGCACCUCGGUGGAGAAGACAUCCAUCAUUUCCUCAACGUGCGCAAAGAUGGUCCAGUUUGGCAUCAUCACCAAUGACCCCAACCUCUUGCAGAAAGGGGGCAAGGACGUGAUCUACACAGCCUUCCUCAAUGCUCAGGGCCGUUUUCUGCAUGAUGCCUUCUUAUAUGCGACUGGCGAGCCGUUUGGCAUGCUUGCUGAUGUGGACAAAGCGCACAUGCCGGCACUUCUGCGGCUCCUUAGGAUGUACAAGCUCAGAGCCAAGGUGGAUGUCAGGGAUGUGUCCGACAGCUUCGAUGUAUGGGCUCGCUUUGGCAGUGCAAGCAGCAGCAAAGCUUUGGAAGAUGGCUGGCCUUUGGAUCCAAGGACGCCGGAGCUUGGGCAGCGCACAAUCCUGCCAAAGAGUGCGGAAGCUGCCCUGGAGCUGCCCGCUGCAGACCAGGAGGAAUACCGGCAGUGGCGCCACAGCCUGGGCAUUGCUGAGGGGCCCUCCGAAAUCCCCCCAGGCGCGCACCCAAUGCCAUGGUCGGCAAUUCCCCUGGAGUACAACUUGGACGGCCUGAACGCGAUCUCUUUCACCAAGGGCUGCUACGUUGGACAGGAGCUCAUCGCCAGGACGCACUUCAGAGGAGUCGUGCGCAAACGGCUUCUCCCUGUGACCUCUGAGGACCCUCCUGGGGUUUUGGAGGAGGGCAUGGACGUGUAUGCAGAGGGGUCAGCGCGGCCAGCCGGCAAAGUAGCGGUGUCAUCAGACGGCGGCGGCCGCGCGCUGGCGCUGCUGCGGCUUCAGGCGGCGUUUGGCGGCCAGCCGCUGAGGGCCGGGUCCAAAGAGGGGCCGGUGUUGAGCGCGCAUCGGCCCUCCUGGCCAUGCAUCCGCACGCAGUACUACUACAAAAUAUGCUCCAACAGGCAGAAGCACAACAUGAAGGAGUCCGUCCCAGGGACUGAUGAGCACUCCCUGACCCACCCCACCCGUCCGUCCGGCCUCGCUGGCGUGAAGCAGACCAUCAAGGAGCACCUGCCCGGCACCGACGCCCACAGGCACCGCACCCAGGACGUUGGCGAGAACGCCAAGGAGCUGCUUCCCGGCACCCACGAGAACCAGAAGGCCACCGAAAGUACCGGGGAGCAGGUCAAGCGCCACCUCCCAGGCACCAAGGAGCACCACACCGCCAACGAGAACCCCUUGGAGAAGAUCGCCAAGAACAUCCCAGGCACUGCUGAGCACCAGGAGCACAAGAACCGCAUCUGAGCACCCUCGAUGCACACCACCAUGCACACCGUCUGUGCAGCAAUUUUGAUUAUCCUGUGAUUCGCAACCUUGAGCUUCCAGCUAGCAUACUGUGCUGCAUCCUGGCGCAAUUUGAUGUGCUGUUGCCUGUACGCAAUGUAUGAUGCUUGCAUGCAGUGUUGUUUGGAUGCAUGCCUGACCGCGCAAACGCAUAUGGAUUUUUGUACAGACUGUAGUGGUUCUGCAACAUGGAUCAGGCACAGUCCUGAUGACUACCGAUGUCUCGCUGCACAUUUGUAACAGAUAUCGCACCCU